AUGAUGGACCUCAACCCCUUGGUCAAGGAGCAUCGCCGGAUCCCACCGCCCCCCGGCACUCGCCCGCCGACGAGCUCGGGUGCACCUCGUGGUACUCCCCCACGGAUAAGGUGCCUCUGCUCCCCGGCGGUCUGGCCUCGAGAGACGUCACCUACGCGAAGACGUGGAGCUGAGGUGCAGGGUAGUCGUGGCUGGUUUUGUCAGGAGGACGAUGGAAAAGUCGCGUUCCAUCUUGGCUGA